AUGUCCGCACCUGUCAAUUCCUGCGAGCUGCGAAAUGCAAAGAAAAAAGCUAUAGAAAAUGCUGAACGUCAGUGCUCAUUGGAGACCAACUCGGAGGAUGAGGAGGAGGAUGGGGGUCACUUGGAGUCUAGUGGCAGUGAGGCGGACUUGGAACCUAUAAAACCAAAGCCUCAAGGCUUGUAUCGACCUAACAAACUCUGUCGCACAUAUGCCAUGCAAGAUGUCUCCGUAUUGCAAGAUGUCUUCGAAUUAGUUGAUACUGAUGAGCUCGACUCCGAUGGUGAUCAGGUGGACCGUUCUGUCAUGGCAAAUGAUGGUGAUAUGGAUGAGGAGAGUGAGCACGACAAACCAGAGACUACCGCCAUGGUGCUUGCUGAUGAGACCCCUUUGCUAGUCACUGACAACAUGAAGCCCAAGCGGGUUGUUCAAACGCAUGGGAAAUCACAGUCUGCCCAGGAUCAAAAACAUUCCAUGGAGCUCAGGCAAUCACUGCUCUCAUUCGAAUGGAGAAGGGGAACAUCAAAUUACUUGACCAGAACUACCAGACUCAAACUUGUCGACAAAAACCAGAUCUCACUCAAUUCUUUACUAACUGUGGCCCAGAAUCUUGAUGUACCUGCCAUCAAACAAUGUCUUCAGACAGAUGCGCAGUAUGCCGCUCACCUCAGUAGCUUAGUUGAGCCACACAUUCUGUUAUUGUGCCGUGACUUGAAAAUUACUGCAUGUGCCAAUAUCGAUGGCUACUUUCGUCUUGGCCAGAACUUAGUCAAGGCCAGGAAGCUUAUGGAGCAGCAUGCAUAUGUGUAUGCCUUGAAGUUCGAUGAGCAGGUUUCUUCAUCAUAUUCCCUUCUACAUAUCACCACCACUCCUUCGCUUCAUUCUAACCAACAUCCCUCUUCCACAGACCAAUGA